AGGCUAGAGACAGCAAGACAGGAGAAGUUGGCCUUGGAGAAACAGAUGGAGCAGGAGAGAUUGGCUGCCUUGGAGCUGGAGAGGCAGCAGGAGGAGAAGAAGCUUCAGCAAGAGAAGUCACUCAAGAAGAUUCUGAAAGAGCAGAUGCUGGAGUUCAGGAGACGAGAAGCAGAAGCUGAAGCUUGGAGGAAACAACAGGAGGAUCUAUUAAAACAGAAGUGGGAGCUGGAGCAAAUAGAAGAGCUCCAGCGGAGAAAGGAGGAGGAGCGAAAAAAGAAAGAACUAGGGCGGUUGUUGCUGCGGCAGCAUAAGGCUCAGAUGUUGCACAAGUCUAGAGUUAUACAAGAAGAAUUAGAACAAGACAGGAAACUCCUGGAGUCGUUAAUUGAGAAAGAACAUGAGCAGGUGGCGCUGCAAUCUGCUCGCAGAGAGAAGGCAAGGGCUGAUGCUCAGUGGAUGAAACAGGUGAUUGAAGACCAGCUCCGUUUGGAGAAAGCCAGAGAGGCUGAGUUGGACAUGCUCUAUCAAGAUGAGGCAUGUCGUGUGUGGCAGAAGAGAGAAGCAGAAUGGGAGAAAGAGCGGGAAGCCAGGCAUCGGUUGAUGGCCGAGGUUCUAGAGAGCCGGCAGGAACAGAUCGCCGAGAAACUGAGGGAUCUGCAGAGACAGCAGGAGGAAUCCUUGCAGCGUAGAGAGGAGCUGGUGAGGGAGAUGGAGAUAGUUCAGCAGAUGACACACAGGGAGGAAGAAGAAGAAAGGCGCAACAAACUCACCACUAGAAGUGAGUUGGAAGAACAGGUGAAAGCUCGGCGUGAACAAGAGCAGCAGCUAAAAGAACAAUUGUUCUUGGAUCUUGCCAAAGACCAAGAAGAAGAAGGAGGAUAUGAAGAUCUCAUGCGCCAGGAAACUCAACGUUUGCGUCUGCAAGGCUACACACCACGGCAUCAUCGCCGCAGCAGACAAGCUUGGAUGUGA